UGGGGCUUUCGAUGUUAUGUGCUCGUCGAAGGUGAUAACGUGGUUCCGUAUCGCACGGCGUGCACGAGAACUCGUUUUUUACCUCGUGAAAUGAAAUACACGGGUAAAGAGCGCGCGAGUCGCGUUCCGUUCCUUGGCCCGACCCUACCAACCCUUGCAAAACAGUGGGAGAUUAUCGCGAGUUCUUGAACGCGAUCUAUUUCGUUGGACGUGCCAACGUUCAACGGAUCGUUCGAUGACGUUCGAUCACGCUGUUUGCGGACUGCAUGGAUAAUAAGACCUGUGUCAGUGCAGUGGAGGUUAAAGUGCUGGUCCAGUGGAUAAACGAAGGUAGUGACACGUUGGAGAACGUUAGUGAGGCUCUCGGUGCGAGUGGAUUUCUCAAAGAGCAACACCCGCUUCGAGACUCGUCAGCCGCUAUCGAGUGAGUUUCCUACUUAAAUCGUGUCCGCGUUUUCUCGCCAAAGUUAUCGCGUUCGAUCGAAACCUCGCAUUGUGUAAACAAGCUUUCGAACGAUCCGAAUAUCGACUGAAUUUCAAGCCUGAGCUCGAGCUUACCGUGACAAAAUUCGGGUAUGAAGGAGUGCAACGAGCGAGUCGCGGAGUGUACUUGGCGAAUUACUCGCGUGUUUCGUAUUCUCGAUUCGGUGACGAUCGAACGCGCGUUUCGGAAAGGUUCGACGAUAUUGGGAGGUAGACAUCACGACGGGCCAACUCCCGCUGGGCCACCACUGUCUCCUGGAACCUACUUAAAAAUGCUGCGGCACCCAAUGUAAUCCACCAUCGUUGGAAGACCGUUCGGUAAAGGUGCAGUAACCAGUGGGGAAAUUCUCAAGUAUUGUUGCGUUUCCGUCUACGUAAAAUGAACGAAUGACCCGCGCGACACGUACGCGAUGAGGCCAAAAUCGUGUUCUCUGUUUCUGUUGUUCUGCGUGCUGCUGCCGGGCCUGGUGCGCCCUUUCACAUCCGGCGAAGACGGCGAGGAUGCCGCGGAGGACGAUGAUUCCUACCUCUUGGAGGAAGACGAUGACGUACCUUCGGCCACGAUAGCCACCGAUACCGAAUUGAUCUCCGAAUCAGGCGGUCAUCUGCCGGUCUUUCUCACCGAGCCAGUCGAUUCCUUCGUGGUUAAAAGCAAACCAGCUACGUUGCACUGCAAGGCCGCUCACGCGUUGCAGAUCUAUUUCCGUUGCAACGACAUAAGGGCAGUCGAGUCCCAGCAACAGGACUUUGUGGAUCCCCACACCGGGACCAGGAUAGUCGACUGCGAACUGAACGUAACCAGAGAUCACAUCGAGGAGUACUUUGGAAGGGACAAGUUCAAGUGCGAGUGUUUUGCAUGGUCAGGAUCCGGGCAAAUCAAAAGUCAACCGGCCACCGUCGACGUUGCCUACUUGAAGAAGCAGUUUGAGUCCCCGCCGUACUCUGUAUCGGUCGAGGCGGGCCAGAGCACCGAACUCAGGUGUCUCCCUCCCGAGGGAGUGCCAUCGCCGAGAGUGUACUGGCUGAGAAAUAACGUCCCUGUCGACACCGAAUCGGACACGCUUUUAGUAUCGAGCGAGGGCCACCUUCUCGUGGGUCAGGCGAAACUGAGCCAUCAAGCGAAUUACACUUGCGUCGCGGAGAACAUCGCCGCCAAGAGAUUGAGCGAGCCUGUCAGCUUGACGGUUUAUGUGAACGGUGGGUGGUCCUCCUGGUCAGCCUGGUCGGAGUGUUACUCGAGAUGCGCGAAAGGGGGUCAAAAGAGGACGAGAACGUGCACGAACCCCUCGCCGAUGAACGGGGGUCAACCCUGUCUCGGGCCAUCCCAGCAGAAGAUGGACUGCAACACAGCUUGUCCUGCUUACUCCGGAACAGCUGGCGCGUUGGAGGAGUUCAGCAACAGUUUAGUGGUGGACGGAGGAUGGUCCAGAUGGUCGGCGUGGUCGGUAUGUGGGAACGACUGCACGCAUACCAGAAGAAGAUCGUGCGACGAGCCACCACCUAGCCAUGGUGGCCGAUCGUGUCAGGGUAGGGACAUCAGCGUGGCGAAUUGCACGGGCGGGAUGUGCAACAGUGUCGGUACAAAAAUGGGUGGCACGCAUUUGACCGAGGAAGCGAACCGCCAGAUGGACGUGGCUCUCUACGUAGGUUUGACCGUCGCCUGCGUAGUAAUCGGCGGACUGGCGUUUUUCUUAGCGAAGCUUCUAAGGCGCAAAGGUCGAGACCAUUCCCUUUACUCCAUGGCCCGUAACGAAUUCCAGCCAGAGUUCUUCCCGGACCAGGACAAGAAGCUGAGUUUACAGCCGGAUGUAACAGCAACUAGCGUGCCGGCUUGCUACGAGUAUCCAUUCGACCCGAAGCUGUCGAUGUCGAGAUCCCUCUCGGAGCAUCAUUACGACGUGCCGCAUCUCUCGAUCGGGCCGCAACCCUCGCCAAUGUCACCCACGCCUAGCACAUCGACCCAGGAGUCCUGCAGCGACAAGCAAAUCCAUUCCGACUGCGAGAACAGCGUCACCAGCUCCUACCCGUCCUCCGACUCCACGUACAACGUCGCCUCGGAGAGCGUCAGAUUGCCAAAGUUGGAAACCGGAAACGUGGCCGGGGCGGCGGUAAACACGCGUGGCGCGCUAUUGGUGCUUCCGGACGCCGGGAUAUCGAUGUCGGUGCCCGAGGGAGCCGUGCCGAAGAAGCCACUCAGGGAGGAACUCUACCUGGCGGUGCUCAACGAAGAUCGCUUCAGGCCUCGAUUGCCCGAUGGUAUCACGCAAUUAUCCGCGGUGGUAACGUGCGGGCCCUCGUCGGCGACCUUCAACAAGCCUGUGAUCCUGCAAUUCGAGCAUUGCGCGAUACUGCACCUGGCCACGUGGGAAUUGAGCGUCUGGGCGUGCGACGGAUUGAGCAUCGAGGACGGCACGGCGAUCGCCUCCUCGAAGGACCAUCAAUCGAUCACGUGGACCAGGGUGUUGACCCUGGGCAACGAGACGAUAAACACGCCGCUGUUCACGCAGCUCGACCACGCGGAAGCGUUCAUCGUGACCGAACAAUUGCGGGGCUACGUUUUGGCCGGGCAAAGCUGCGAGAACUCGAUCGCCACGAAGAGACUACGGCUGGCGUUGUUCGCGAGCCAAACCGGUCAGUGUUGCGUCCGAGUGUACGCGGUCGAGGACACGAAGGCGGCGAUGAAGGCGAUCGUCGAUCGAGAAUCGCAGAUCAGGGGCUAUCUGCUGGACAAGCCGCGAACGUUGCUCUUCCAAGACAACGGGGAAUCGUUGUGCGUCAGCUUGGAAGAGGUCGGUAACGAGUGGCAGAGUAAAUCGCCGACGGAGCGACAGGAGAUCUUGUUCAGAGACGCGUGGAACUGCCAGGAGAACACGAAACACGUGACCUUUGGGCUGGACGCUGCCUUCGGACCUACCACGACCAGAAGUUACAAGCUCCAAGUAUCGCAGGGGAACUCGGACACGAGGCAAGUGUUCAGGAUCGUCUACGACGGCGCGAAGCAAUUGAUUUCCUCCGGAAGCGUUACCAGGCCGCUCAGAGAAGUGACCGUGGUCAGCAGCGGACAUGCUAAUAACGCGACCACGGACUCCACUACCUUGAGACCGUUUCGGUUUACCAGGUCCCUGAGGAAGCAACUUUGCCAGUGCCUGGAUCCACCGAACGCCCUGGGCAACGACUGGAGAAUGCUGGCGCAGAGGCUUCAGGUUGACAGGUACAUCAACUACUUUGCAACAAAGUCUAGUCCGACCGAGCACAUUCUGGACUUGUGGGAGGCGAAGCAUCACGAACCCACGGCCGUCACGGAUCUGUUGAACCAUCUUCGAGUGAUGGGCAGAACAGACGCAGCGACCAUCUUGGAAGCCCAACUCGGCCCGUGGCUUUGAACUGUCGCGAUCUGUCAGAGUUUCGCGACGUAUCCGGUGGUGAGUGAAAAUAAACGAUUCGCGUGUGGUUCGCUACUCUCGACGGGGCGAUCGGUGAAUAAGCGAGUUACCGGCCGUUGAACGGCCAACACGAAAUUCCUCGAUCUCGUGCGUGCCGAUCAUCUCAACGAACUCAUCGAAACACUGCCUUAAUUGUACGCGAUUCGCGCGUUUUUUUGUACAUAGAUCUCUUUGUAAUAAGGCGAAAUAUUUUUACCGUGAACUCGGAUCUGUAAAAGAAUCGUACGUAAUAAUCAUGAACGAAGUAACUAGAACUGUGCAUUUAGAUGGAUAUACAUAUAUGUACAUACGUACUAAAGACACGUGAGAAAAUGGAUAUAUCCAUUUAGACGGAUGUUUAUAUAUAAAUAUAAAUAGAUAGAUAGAUAGAUAGGUAGGUAGGUAGGUAGUUAGGUAGGUAGAAGACAUCGAAUAAGAAACGAGGAAAAAUGAAAGAUCUACAUCGAUCCAGCACGAUGUGAAAAAGAAAAAAAAGCAAAAGGUAAUGGAACACAUUUUACAAAUUUGUUACGCCAACGUACGAGCACGCGUGCGAGUGGUAAAUAGUUUCUUGGGGGAUGAUCGUGCCAAAAUUCUCACUCUCGGUUUCCGUUGAUCUUUCUAUUCACAGUUUAUUGAAUAUGCCGUGAUUUCUUUCGUGCACGUCGACAAUACACGCCGCGUCGAUAUACAACCAUUUUAUACGAGGAGAAAGAAGGACGAACGAUCGCGCGCGGAUGUUCGAUCGCGUAGAACGAUCUCGAUUACGACAAAUCUGAUGAUUUCAAUCGAUGCAAGUUUAUUUGGAAGAACUGUAUAUUUGUUACUUUC